AAUCCUUGCAAACUGUAUUUUUAACUUGCGUUUGGACAGAAAGAACAGCAAUAGGAUUAGAGAAUCAGUGACGCGGCCGCACCUCCAACUUGUGCAGUUGAUCUUACAUGCUUUUACAGGAGGUUUUCCACAUUCCAUGAGACAUUUCAUCUGAUUUCUGAAUGGAAGACAAAUUCUAUCAGCAUGGAACCUGAAUCGAGUAACGGAAAUGCACAGAUUCUUUUUUAUUGAAGGCCUUUGACUAUUUUUUUUAAUGUAAUUUUGAAGCAGGUGGGACAAUGGAGAACAUAAAACCGAAACUGAAGGUGCUAAAAAAGCGCAGAUCGAGUCUUUUCGCCACCAUCAACCGGGAGAAGAGCUUUUCACAUAGCAUCGAGGAGCAAGAAUUCCCCUUUUCACAGGACAGCUCUGUGAAACUAUGGACGUCCAUGGACAACCUUGACAGCGCGGAUGAGAAGAAAGACAAGCGGAAAGUGGAGGCUAAACCGGCCAAACCGAGGAAGCCUAAUAUAGUCAACCUGAACAUUGGUGGUAAAGUUUUUCACAUCCCGAGACAUUUGGUUCUUAGACACCCGAAGACAAGGAUAGGAACUCUAGCCCUGUGUGAAGACCCGGCCAAGCGGCUAACAUUGUGUGACGACUACAAUGUCCAGAACAAUGAGUUCUUCUUCGAUAGGGAUCCAAUGUUUUUUCACUAUAUCUUCCACUUUUACUGCAGCAAUGUACUGUGGGUAAUGGAUAGUCUUUGUCCUGUGAACUUUGAGGAAGAAAUGACCUUUUGGGGGCUUAAGUUAAAGGACACUCCAAGGUGUUGUCGUAUUCUGUUUGAGGAAAAGGUCGAUGACAUCAGAGACCAACUCAAAGUCAACCAGGAGCUUAUCGAUGAGAUUAAGCCUCACCAGGAUGACGAGGGCUACCAGACCAUGUGUCUUGGGAGUCUAAGAAAGAUUCUGUGGGACUUGAUGGAGAACCCUUACUCUUCACUGUCAGCCAAAGCCUUUGCAGUGUUCUCCAGUCUCUUUGUGCUUAUCUCUAUUGUUGCCAUGACAAUGAAUACAGUAGACGAACUGAGGGAGUACAAACUCGGCAGCAGGACUUACAUGGAGUGGGUGGAGAUCUGGUCCAUACUCUUCUUCACCUUGGAAUACUUUCUCCGUCUGGUCACCACAUCCAACAUCAAACACUUUCUGAAGAGCGCGCUGAACUUCGUCGACAUGGUCGCCGUCAUGCCCUACUUUGUCCAGAUUCUUUUCGAGGCGUUUGUUAUCGACUCUGAAGACUUCAGUCGGCAGGAGGACUUGAAAGCCAUGGCCAGAGUCAGCAAAGUCAGCAAGGUGCUCAAGGUGGUCAAGCUGAUGCGAAUCUUUCGCAUCCUCAAGCUGGCUCGCCACUCCACUGGCAUGAGAGCCUUUGGUUUCACCAUCCGACAGUGUUCCGAGCAGGUCUGCUGUCUGUUUCUGUUCAUCGCGAUGGGCAUUUUCACCUUCUCAGCACUAAUGCACUCAGUAGAGGUGGACCAACCCGGCACGCCGUUCAGCAGUAUUCCAGACGCCUGGUGGUGGGCUGCGGUGAGCAUCUCCACGGUGGGCUACGGAGACGUGGUGCCCAUCUCCUACCUGGGUCGAUGCGUGGCCUUUGGCUGCAUCUCCUUCGGCAUCAUCCUCAACGGCAUGCCCAUCUCCAUCCUCUUCAACAAGUUUUCCGACUACUACGCCAAACUGAAGGAGCAGGAGUACACCUUCUCCAACACGGAGCGCAGCUUCCAGCUCAAGAAACGGAUGAUGCGCAAGUUCCAGAGCUGUUACGAGCCACAGCAGGACGAGUCGGAGGAUGAGAUCCACUACAGACCCAGCGGAAGGCAGGAAAGUCUGGAGCACUAUUAGAACAGGAUGAUUUAGAGACAAUGCCUGAGGUAAAACCUUGAUAACCUUAAAUGGCCUUAUCACUCGGGUCUAGAGGAUGCUAAGACCCAUCUGCCUCUAAAGUGCGUGAUAUUAGAGACAAUUCAACAGCCGCACUUGGGAUAAUCUGUAAGCUCAAGGCUUUGCACCGGUGCUGGUCACAUGUAGCGGGUCAGAUGAAACACUUGCUUCUGACAGCUUUGUUAGACAAGUGGAAGUGCUAUUACAGAGCUAUGUUGUCUUGCUAAAUCUGCAUCAUAUACCUUAUUGUUCAGUGUCCACAUGCUGAGGACCUGAGGACUGUUUUCUUUUUCCAUUGAGUUGAAGCGGAUUAAAGGACACAUUUGAUGAAACGUUUUUUUAAAAGUCUGCUUUUGCACUGAAUAUAUUGCACAUGAGGUAAUGCGGGACAAUGAUUUUCCUCCACAGUGCCAUCGAGAAGCUGAAGUCGUCUGCACCUAAAUACAGACAGGGGCAUGUAGGGGUGACUUUAGGGAAUGAAAUUCCUUGUUUUGAGGGUUGAACUAAACGUCACCAUGUAGCGCAGAGACUAGAUUGACUCUUGCUGUUGUGGAAGCUAAUUUCACAAAAAGCAAACAAGGAAAUUGUGUGUUUACUGUGUUUUGAAAAAUACCAACCAGUCCUCCCCGCCAUGGUCUUGACCGUGAAGGCGGGAGACGAAAGAGUUGAAUGAAUAAAAUCACUCGGAUUCAUCAAAUAAAAUGCAACUUCAAUUUCACCAAAAGAAGAGGCACUUUUUAUUCUAUUUUUUAACAUUCAGCCCUUGGAAUUAUGGGUAAGGUCACUGUUUAGUUUCAAUGAGGAGGGCACUUUUUCUGACUUAUGGUCUAUAUUGUGAGAUUUUACUGGCAAAAAGUAACUUUAUCUUCCGGGUUCCUGGGGAUUUGAAAAGGCGGGGAACUAUGUGAUGGACAUGAGCAUAAGAACUACUCCGCAUAACUUGUUGUUUUAGGUUGGUUUAAAAAGACAUAAAUAACACCAUCCCUGUUGCCCUUCUCGGUUCAGCUCAAAGGUGUUAGGUUUUCUUUGCUCAUCUGAGGUCAGGUAGAGGGGGCAGCAGCAGCUGAAUAAAGAGGCCCAGACUUUCCUCUCUCCAGUGAUCUCCUUCAGCUCCACUGGGGGAAUACCGAGGCAUUCCCAGGCCAACCCAGAGACCUAAUCUCUCCAGUAUGUCCCGGGUCUGACCUGAGCCACCUCAACUGCCGCUUCCUGAGCUGGGUGCUUCUCUCGACAGGAUGGCUCAGCUCCUGAUGUCUCCAUCCAGAUGCCUCGCUCAAAUUCAUGUGGCUCCAUCUUUCCACAGAGUCACUCGUCCCCCUUCACUUAUGUGGGAGUAAAGCAGGAAUGGUGUGUGUCUCACCGCGGCAAAGCUGAAGGUUAAUUUUGUUGUGGAGGAUUAGCAGGAUUUGCUGUUGCGCCUCCUUCCUGGUCAGACAAGGGCAUGAACCUAAUCAGAUACUGAGCUAUUCUGAUCACAUGCACAUAACCGGCUUCUAUUUGAGCCAUUGCUGCGUCUUUAUGGGCGGAUCACCUGGUUUCUAUUAUUACCAACCGGAGUCUCUUUCAGCUGGAACUGAACUUCCAACACGAAAUAAGACAUUCACUUUAAGCUUCUCAAGGUCACAUGUCAGAUAUCUGUAUAAUGGUGUUUGUUGUUCAACAUCCUGGUUUCAUGACCAUGAUAUUUAUUUUUAACAAUCAUGUACCUCGCAGAUUUGUUUAAAUCAUUGUUUCCAGAACAUGUUCGGAAAAUACAACUUUUGUAUGCAGAGUGUUCCAUCAAUUGGCGAGCAAU